AUGAUUUCAAUAACAAAGACUAUUCCUCUGAAGAAAAUUAAAAAUCUAUAAAUGAUUUAAUAGAAACCAUAAAGGAUGAUAGAUAGAUCAUAGAACUUUUGUAAUUUUUAGUUUACCUCACAUCCAUAAAUAACUCUUUAAUUUAAUGUGGGUCAAAUUCAUUACAUUUAUUAGUUUAGAUGAAGGGGAAUCUGAGAAACAAAAAUUUUGAAAAUAUUAAGAUCCAAAAUACUUCUUUGGUCGGAACUAAUUUUUCUUAUAUGAGCUGA